AAAGUUACCCCAGUGGCUGGGAAAAUUUAGAACAACAACAAAGAUGGCGUCGACGGCAGACUCGCUCGGGGAGUUUCCUUGCUCAGGUCUCCUGCCAAGAAAAGAAACUGGGGUUGUUAGCUUACUUACGAAGAACCCCACUUUUGAUGGCCGAGGUGUUGUCAUCGCUAUCUUUGAUUCAGGUGUAGAUCCGGGUGCUCCAGGGCUUCAGGUAACAACAGAAGGGAAUGUAAAAGUAAUAGAUAGAAUUGAUGCCUCUGGUGCUGGCGACGUCGACACGUCUACAGUGGUUCAACCAACAGAAGGAAUAAUAACGGGACUUAGUGGACGCAAACUUAAAAUUCCUGAAUCUUGGGUAAAUCCAUCAGGAAAAUAUCACAUCGGAGUAAAGAGUGGAUAUUCACUGUACCCGCAACGAUUACGUGAGAGAGUGUCCAAAGAAAGAAAAGAACAGAAUUGGGACACAAUCCAUAAAGAGUUGUUAGCUGAAGCUCAAAGGAAAGUUCAGUCGUUAGAAAGUAGUAAGAGUAACGGGAGCAGCGGCGGCACAAAUGGCAACGGUGGCAGCAGUAGUCUAUUAGAGAAGCUCACCAAGGAAGAUGCCGAGUCCAGGGUCGCACAGCUCAAUACACUUGAGAAAAAGUACAAUGACUUGGGACCAGCGUACGAUUGUGUCGUUUAUCAUGAUGGAGAGGUGUGGAGGGCUUGUAUUGACACGUCAGAGCGUGGGGACCUGGAAACCGGGAUCCACCUGGGUGAAUAUAGAGUUACUCACCAGUGGGCAUCACUCACCCCUGCAGACCAAUACAAUAUUUCUGUCAAUGUACAUAAUACUGGAAAUAUUCUGGAAAUUGUCGGCAUGUGCUCAAGCCAUGGUACCCACGUAGCAUCCAUCGCUUCAGCCAAUUUUCCUGACAAUCCCGAGAAAAAUGGCGUUGCUCCAGGUGCUCAGAUAGUCUCCAUCACUAUAGGUGACAAUCGUAUUAAUAGCAUGGAGACAGGAACAGCAUUAGCCAGAGCCAUGUUGAGAGUGAUGAAGAAUCCAUUCUAUAAAGUUGACAUUAUAAAUAUGAGUUACGGUGAACAUGCACAUUGGUCUGAUACUGGUCGAUUGGGAGAGCUGGCACAUGAAGUAGUUAAUAAAUAUGGGGUCAUCUGGGUAGCAUCGGCAGGUAACCACGGUCCAGCUUUAGCAACAGUGGGAGUCCCUCCUGACUUUCAAAGUGAUUCUAUAAUCGGUGUUGGUGCCUUUGUGUCACCAGACAUGAUGAUGGCUGAAUACUCGAUGAUAGAGAAGCUUCCUGGUUGUCCAUACACGUGGUCAUCUCGAGGACCCACCGCUGAUGGAGCAAGAGGUGUUACAGUGUGUGCACCUGGUGGCGCUAUUACCUCCGUGCCAACAUUCACACUAAGAAGUAACCAGCUGAUGAAUGGAACUAGCAUGGCAUCUCCACACACGGCUGGUUGUGUUGGCUUGAUUAUAUCUGCACUAAAGCUCAAGUCCAUUCCAUAUUCUCCAUACUCCGUCCGUCGUUCAAUACAAAAUACUGCGCAUAACUUAGAUGUUGACGUCUUUGCCCAAGGUCAUGGACUUAUCCAGGUAGACCGUGCUGUAGACCACUUGCUGGAGCAUUCAAAUGGAGUAGAAGACAAAGUGCGCUUUACAGUAGAAUGUGGCAAUGACAGGAGGAAGGGUAUACACAUACGUAAUUGGAAGGCAGAUAAGCCUAUAGACAUGGCGGUCAUGGUGGAACCUGUUAUGUUGAAUGACAUGCAAGCUGAUCCUAAUGAGAAACUUGCAUUCUGCAUGGAGUUGGUUAUGACCUGUGAUGCUCCCUGGGUCAAGGCACCUUCCUGCUUGCAGAUGUCAUACACAGUUAGAUCGUUCCAGUUGAGCAUAGAUCCACGUGGCCUUGAGAGGGGACGAGUGUAUUUUACUUCAGUGAAAGCCUACAACUCCAGUAACGUAGAAAAAGGUGUCAUGUUCGAGGUUCCCAUUACGAUUGUUGUCCCUACAGUAGACUUCCUUCAUGGCUACCUUUAUAACUGUCCAGCUGAGGUGUUUCGUGCAGGUUUUGUUCGUCGUCACUUUCUGUACGUGCCAAUAGAAUCAACUUGGGCCACUGUGACUCUUAAAGCAUCUCACUCGGACAAGUGCCAACGGUUCACGCUGCACGCUGUACAGCUCAAACCAAAAUGUAGUGUCAAAACGCUAGAGUAUUAUAAGGUUAUUAAUCUAGGAUGCAAUGAAGUUAGUACACAAAUAUUUGGUGUACGAGGUGGCUUCACAAUGGAGCUUUGUCUCGCUCGCUGGUGGUCAAGUCUGGUAGAUGGACAAGUAGAAGUUUCUGUAGAGUUUCACAGUCUCCGCCCAUCACACGAAGAGGUUACAUUAUUCUGUAGUGACGGAGUACAGAGAGUUGAUGUUCGAGCAGGACUGCGACCAGAGGAGAUGUCCCCGCAGGCUACACUUAAGCAUCAUACACAGGUAUUGACACCAGCUGAGAGUAAAGUUGAGGUGCUGGGUGGACCAAGAGACACUAUCCCAGGUUGUCGCCCAAUAUACCAGCUGGUAUUAUCAUACAACCUUUCUGUGUCAAAAUCUGCAGAGGUUUCUCCUAAGUGUGCCCUGCUGAGUGAUGUCUUGUAUGAGUCGGCAUUUGAAUCCCAAUUGUGGAUGCUUUUUGAUCAUAACAAGCAGCUGCUAGGCUCUGGUGAUGCUUAUAGUAAUAAGUAUUCCAUUAAACUAGAAAAAGGCGACUAUUCUAUACGGCUGCACGUUCGGCACGAACGACCAGAUUUGCUAGAAAAGCUGUCCGACCUUCCUCUUACAGUCCUGACUAAGUUGGCUCAAGAGGUAAAAUUAGAUGUAUAUACAUCUUUAAAUGCGGCAAUGACAUCGGGCAAGAAGGCUCAGCCCAUCACACUAAAGAGUGGUACAAGCCAACCCAUCUACCUCACAGCUCCCAGCCUCUCUGAUAAGACUCUGAAGGGCCUUGGGCUAACCCCUGGUCAAGCUUUAUUAGGUAGCCUGUCGUUUGCUAAGGAUGAGCAAGUUCGGAAAGCUGUAAGUAGCCACAAGUUUGGGCCCAUACGUACUAUGCCGGAUCAGUAUUCCCUACGUGUAGUAGUUACGGAACUGCCUUGCAAGAAGCGCAGCACCGGUAGCAGCAACAGUAACUCUGAAGAGAAGAAGGAAGCAAAGACCUUUGUUGACUACCAGGAGGCAUUGAGGGACCUGCAGACUGCAUGGAUAUCUAAACUAGACUGCGAAAGUGGGGAAGAGAUAUAUAAAGAGGUGAUGGCAGCACACCCAGAUCACCUUGCUGCUCAGUUGGCACGCCUGCAGGCGUUAGAUGCUGUCGGGGCUCAGAACAGAGCAGCAGUGAUAGCACAGGCCACACGCAUUAUAUCGGCAGUGGAUACUGCACCUCUUCUAGCUUUCUACGGUACCAAGACCGACACGCGCUCGGAUGCCGCCAAGAUCAAAACACAGAUGGAUAAACAGCGUAAUACCCUGCUUGAAGCUCUUUCCCGCCAGGGAUCAGCUCUCUGUGCUGAUAUUCUCGCUCUACCUGCUGCAGAGCGGACACAGGAAGCCAUUGAACAGGUGGACAGUAUUGCUGUUGACAUAAUGAAAUUUGUGGAACCAUCAGACUCGAAGGUAAAUGGAUUCUUUGCGAGUUAUUACCAAGUUAGAGGAUUUGAUGGAUUGGCAGCACGAAUAAUUUCCCGACAGUGUGAAGAAAAGUGGACUCGAGAAAACGAGGCAAAGUUGACGGAUAUUUACAAUCAACUAGGCUGGACGCACAUUUCUACGCUUAUUGCUAGUACUCAUCCUCUACGGUUUCCUACCAGUUAUGCGCCUUUCUGAGUACAUAAAUACAAUUAUCAGAGAAGGCAUCUUUACCCACUUCAUUUAUUAUGCUGCCGUAAAGUUAAUAUUUGAAAGCUUGUGCACAUCUGUUAUAUUUCAUCCACUGUUCUUACGAUUCCAUAGACAUUUGCCACCAGUGUUUCCUUGAACACUUCCUCGACUCGACCAAAACAUGCCCACGCACCCAGGUCUUAAUCAAAGCACUAAUUAUAAUUAAGUGAUUUGUAUGCAUGCACCAGUGACCACCCAUUGCUUGACACCUCUGAAAAGAGCGCCACAGAUGGACACGAAGGCUUCAUUGGAUGCAUAAACUAGAACUUGUGUAUGUCUUCCCACUGUGGUUCAUAAUUUGUUCAAUGAGUAAAUAUGUAUUACCUGGUCAAAUCAAUAAUAUCUCUCUCAGGAAUGAUGAGUGGCUCCCCAGGCAUUUAUGUUAGAAGGGAAAUUUUAGUUUGUUUCUGCUUGGUUUCUCCCUUUUAUAAGUUGAAUACAUUUGGUAGAGUAGCAUGUUAAAUAUAGAUUAAAGUAUUCAUGGUAAAUGAUAGUGAAAACUAUUUGAAAGGUUUAGCUCACACUUAGCAUAGGAUUUUUGUUUUAAUUCAUUAAAUUUUUUAUUAGUACUUUUAAGUAUAAAGGGGAAAGUAUGGAAUCAUAUCCAUGAGAGUGAAAGUUUGUUGAUUUAAGGAUUGGCAGAUCAUUAAUCAAUCAUUAAUUUUAAUCAUUAAUUGUGUUGUAUUGUAUGCUGAAUGGUUUGUAUGUAGUUGAAGAUUUUGGCUUAUAUAUUUCAUUUUUAUUUUUUGCCCACUUAUUCAUGAGUAAUACUGUAGCUUAAUCCAUAAGGCAUUAACUUCUGUAAGCCAAAAAAAAAAGAACAGAAAAAUUCAAUACGUACUUGAAUUCAGAACAAUUUGAAUGACGUGAAUAAUAAGAUAGAUUAUUUGUUUUAUUACAGUUGUUUGUUUAUUGUUUGUUCUUGUUUAGGUGAGGGAGGGGGUUAAUGUUCUUGUUUAGGUGAGGGCGGGAGGGAGAGAGGUUCAUGCUUUUGCUUAGAUGAGGGAGGAUGGUUAAUGUUUAGGUGAGGGAAAGUGGCUAAUGUUGAUGAUACAGGAGAGGGAGGUGGAUUAAUGUUGUUGUUUAGGUUAGGGCGUGGGGGUAAUACUCAUGGUUAGGUUAGGGAGGGGGCGGGGGUGGGUUACUUACUUAUCCAUGGUGAAAAGUGGUCACACACUGGUGUAAAGCAAUAUCCCGUGUAGUAAUGUGAAGGACACUAGGCUUUGGAGUUUAUAAGUUGAGGCGCAUCAAUGCAAGCAACUGGUUGCAUGUUGUACACUUGAUGUUGCUGCAGUUGCUCUGAAGGUGAUACAUUUGUAAUACUAUGUAUUGCACAUCUAGUUUCUACAUGCUCAUUCUUAUUUAGAAUGAUGCUUUAGCUGGCAGGGAAGCAACUUGUGACUUUAAUUGAACACAAUCUUCUCAACUUAUUUAUUGUUGGAAUAUCUUUUGUAUUGUUAUAGGCCAAGGAAGGCCAAAUUAUGUCAUGUUUUUGCAGUUCACAUAAAAAUGUUUUAUUUUGAUAAGCAGUAACGACUUGUUAUAUUUGCAUAAUAACUCAUUUUAUAAGGAUGAAAUUUACACAUUUACUUAUUUUGGUGUGUGUGUGUGUGUAUUAGUUUAUACAGGGAAUGGGAUAUUUUUACAGAUCAACAGCUGAAGGGUACUGUGACAACACUUACCCGAAAUUCUGCUAUUUAUUUAUUGUUUCUAGAGGACUGUGAACCUUGUACAGUGUGCAUAAAUAUUAGUGGGAGCCAACAAGGUCCUUGUGAUGAACACGCAUAGGGGUUCCACCAAGGUCUGUGUGGAGACAGAAAUUGUAGCCACCAAGGUGUAUCUCGACACACAGACGGGAGCUUUCAUGAUGUUUCUUGACACAGAUUGGGGCUUCCAUGAUGUAUCUCAACACACAGAUGGAUGCCACCAUGGUGUAUCUCGAAAUGAAUGGGUGCUACGGUGGUGUAUCUUGAUGCGCGGACGAGUGCUACCACGGUGUAUCUUGACACAUGGGUGGGUGCUACCAUGGUAUAUGUUGAUACAUAGAUGGCCGCUGCCAUGGUGUGCCUCGAGACACAGGUGGGUGCUACCAUGAUGUGCCUCAGAACAUGCAUGGGGGCUACUGUGGUAUGCCUCGAAACAUGGAUGGGUGCUUCUAUGAUGUAUCUCUACACACGGAUUGGUUCCAACAAGUUGUUUGAAUAUCUAUAAAUUUACAGCAUGAAAAAAAAAAGAUCCAUUUUUAUAAUGAGAAUAAUGUGGACAAAUAAAUUUAAGGAUGAUGCCCUAUUAAUGUGCAUUGUACACACGUGUAUUUUUUUUUUUUUUUUUUUUUUUUUUUUUUUUUUUUUUUUUUUUUUUUUUUUUUUUUUUUUUUUUUUUUUUUACGAUAUGACUGCUCUUAGGAAAUUAUGUUGUCUGUUUCGUCUUUUUGUUAUGAUAUAUAUACGUCCUUGAUAAAAUAUCGGAUAUUUUCAUGGUUCAGGAUACCUUUACGUUUGUUGAUGCCAGUCCAAUAGUUUAAUGGUAAUACAGUAUACACUUACUAAUUCUUAGGUAAUUGAAGAAUUUUGCAUCUACAAAAUAAAUUGUAAGGCAAGUUUUAAAGGUUCUUAUUAGUUCUAAAUCUUUUGUAUAAACAUAAGCUUUCUUGACUAUUUUAUUUUUACUUCCACCUUAAUUAACAAACUGUGGAUGACCUGUAUAAUGUUUUGAUGUGCAGAGAUUGGGCUAUUUUUAAUAACAAACCGAACUUGUUGAUGAUUUUGUACGUAAGGCAUACUGGAACAAUAAAUCUAAGCUCUUAAAGUUUCUGGCCAUUACUAACUUCUCUUACAAAAAGAAAAUCUUGUUCAAUGUGUAUUAACAGUAAAUUAUAUUAUUUCUUUAACACAUUCAAACUUUAUUUUUGUUGUAGUUGUGCAGGAUAUUUUGUGUAAGAAAAGACUCUGUUUUAGGUAUAAUUACUAUUUUUCACGUUGGCCUUGCACAGAGAAUUAGCGCCAGACUAGUCUCACAGGUUUUCUUGAUGACGUUUUUUUGUUAUGUUGAAUAUUGGAACGAAUGUUAUUUAGAAAGAACAAAUUAAGAUGUGCUUUAAUUGCCAAGAAUCUUCUAAUUUCCAUAAAUUGUUACUAUAGUAUUGAUUUAAGCAAUAUAUUGUAAUUUGAGAAAAUAAACUGCAAUAUGUGA